CAGGCCGCUGCGGUGCAGAGCGGAGCCGGGGCUGGGGGAGGAGAGACCGAGAGAUGGGCCCGGGCACCUUCCUGCGCUCAGGCCAGCGUGUGCACCGGCGGGUUUUCUAUUGAGCUCCUGGGGAUGCGACCACAGUCGGACCAGGAGGAAAGGACAACACCGGAGAGGAAUCAGGUGAGCAGGAAGUUAGACCAGCUGUGAACCCUGCAGGGCGGCACGGGAGUCCCAGCAAAGCCUCCCAGAGCCUCUCUAGCAGGGAGCAGAGAAGAAGGAAGGGGGAUCCCCGAAGCUGCCUGGGAGGAGCCAAAGGGAACAGUCCUAGUAGCGAAGCCGGGUUGCAGGCAGGCUCGUUGGAGGAUUGGCUACGCACAUAACUCCAGGCUGCUGGAGCCCCCUGCUGGCCGCACUCAUGGGUGAGAAGGCCAACACAUGCCCCUACUGCGGGAAGGGCUUCCGGCGCAGCUCCCACCUGACCCGGCACCUGGGAACCCACUCAGGCGGGGAGCAGCGCCCCUAUGCCUGCAGCCACCGUGGCAAGGGCCCAGCCCUGACUCCGCCGCCGGCGGGCGAGCGCCCCUACUCCUGCACCCACUGCGGGAAAGCCUUUGGGCGCAGCGCCCACCUGGCCCGGCACCAGGAGACCCACUCUGGCGAACGCCCCUACAAGUGCACCUACUGCGGGAAAGCCUUCGGGCGCAACGCCCACCUGACCCGGCACCACGGCACCCACACCGGCGAGCGCCCCUACCAGUGUGGUAUCUGUGGCAGGGCCUUCACCCGUGACGCCCACCUGACCCGGCACCAGCUCGUCCACACUGGCGAGAAGCCCUUCCAGUGCGGUGUCUGCGGCAAAGCCUUCACCCGCAGCGCCCACCUGGCCCGGCACCAGGGCACCCACACGGGCGAGAAGCCUUUUGAGUGCGGGGUCUGCGGCAAAACCUUCACCCGCGAUGCCCACCUGGCCCGGCACCGGGCCACUCACAGCGGUGAGCGCCCCUACAAGUGUGCCAACUGCGGGAAGGGCUUCGGAGCCACCUCCCACCUCCUCCGCCACCAGAGGACCCACCAGGAGUAGCUGCCCCGGCGUGGAAUGCGGGAACCAAGGGGCAGUGGUCCCCACACCCCCAGCGCUUGCUUCCAUCAUGGGAGGAGAGGGCAUGGGAAUCAGGGGGCACCAGUUCCCGCGUUGCCACCCACUGGGGCGUCCCUCCCGCAUGGGGAACUGAGGAGGUGCCAGCUGUCAUGCCCACUCCUGCUGGGGCACUCCUCACCCACAGGGGGCGUGGGGUUCAAGGGGGUGCCAGCUCCUAGGCCACUUCUGCCCAGGCUGUGCCUUCCUCAGGGGAGGGCAUGGGAACCAAGGGGGCACCAGUUCCCACGCUGCCACCCUCUGCGGCGCUCCUGCCCUGGAGGGAGAGCUGGUGCCCCCGCUGACACAAACUGGCAUGCUCCUACCCCCCGGGCUGGGCGUGGGAAUCGAGGGGGGCGGCGUUCCCCGUGCCCACAUCCAUGCGGCUGUAACAACCGGACAGGAGGAUCUGGCCCAGAGUUGGGCUCCUGGCAUCCUUGGGGCGUGGAAGAUAACCCGGGCUGCCUGGGGAGCGCACGGAGUCACCGGCCCCGGGGCCAGUCUGCCCCGUGAAGGGACGACGAUCCAGCCGUAUCUAAAACCUCGUCCAGACAGAGAUUGACUGGAACGGCAGCCCCAGGUGGGCGCGCUGUUCCAAGGGAAAAGGAACUCUAUCCCAGGAUAAUGGCUCUGCCCCCAAAGGGACACCCCUGCCCAGCCCCGGCGGCAGGCCCAGAUGCCUUCUGCUCUGCCAGGCCGGUCACAGGCGGUAGUCCCCUCAGCCCUUGCCAGGCAUGGCCUCAUCUCUUCCCAGCAGGGCGGGCCGGCCCUAGGGCGCUGGCCGUCAAGGGAGCAGGCCAGCCUGGCCCAGGGAGUCUAGAAUAGCUCUGUUAGACGGCACUAGCCAGUGUGGAGUAGUUAGUCUGGAGCAGCCAGUCCGGGCCGCUUCCUUCAGUGUAGACAUGGUGUGAGAGCGCACAGCGUACCAAGACAAGAGUGGGGGGGGGGUGAGAAACCUCUUCUUGUGAGUGUGUGUGAGAGAGAGAGAGAGAAAAACCGUGUGUGUGUGAGACACCUCCUUGUGUCCCCCUUUGUCUGUGAGAAACCUCCUCGUGUGCACGUGUUUGUGUGAGAAACCUUCUUGUGUGUCCCUGUGUGUGUGAGAAACUUCCUCGUGUGCAUGUGUUUGUGUGAGAAACCUUCUUGUGUGUCCUUGUGUGUGUGUGAGAAACCUCCUCGUGUGCAUGUGUUUGUGUGAGAAACCUUCUUGUGUGUCCGUGUGUGAGAGAGAAACCUCCUUGCGUGUCCAUGUGUAUGUGAAACCUCAUGUGGAUGUCCAUCCAUCCAUGUGUGUGAAAUGUCAUGUGUGAAACUUCCUCCCACGUGUCCAUGUGAGUGUGUGAGAAACCUCCUUAUGUGUGUCUAUCCGUGUGUGUGUGUGGAACUCUGCCAGAGGAUGUU